GCACAUUAUCUGGACGUCAUCAGCCUAAAUUUGCGGUAGGGACAUGUCUGUGUGCGAGUACAUGCUUCGUGACGUGUCGGCGUCGAACUCCGACGAUUCGAACCUGCGCAACGAACUGAUUUGGGGUCGCAAGUACCGCAACCUGCGCGAGGCCGAUAAAAGAAGACCGUUGGCGCCUUUGCGGGCUCCGGCGGACGUCCCCUUCCGCUUAUGUCGCGCCCGAGCCACGAAGAAGCGUAAAAAGAAAACGAAAUUACAGGGAAGCGCAGGCGGCAAGAAAGGCGCAAGCGACAUCGAGAAACCGUCGUUGCUGGACAGAAGCAUCAUGUCCCAGAACGAAUACAUGGAAUUUUUGUCGAUACCGAGCCCGCGGUUCUGCGACAAGCCGGCGGUCAAAAAACCGCCGCCAAAAUGCGAACUGGAACCGUGCCCGCCCAGAUUGGUCAAGCUGGCUGUACCGAACAAGAGACGGGUCUUCGCCAAUUGGAAGGACUACCAGACACUAUUGCCGGCCGAAAUGCUCUUGAGGUACGAGCAAAUACUGCACACUGACCACAAUCUUGAACCCAGAGAGGCCCGGUACUACUACAAAACCCUAGACAGGCAACACCGUAAAAAAAUGAAGGAAAAGAAACGCUCCGAAAAGACCAAAGAGCUGGAAAGGGGAAAACGCCCUAGCUGGACGACAACUCAAAUCGACGCUCUGGCGUCGGCCGUCGUCGAUUACGUCAGAGACGAGCCGCUGUUUGCUCUCAACUACAAACAAAUGCUCAUCUCGGAUGGCGUUCUCGAUGGACUAGACGCGUCCCGACUGUUGAAGAAACCGAGCAGGAAGACAGGCAACUGUUACAAGAAGACCGUCAUCGAGAUCGCGGAUAAAAUGGCGGUGUGGAUCGACGCGAUGACGCGUUUCGUCGACGUUCAGGCCGUCGAAUCGGACGAGGACAUUCCCCCACUGUCGAUAUCGUCGCUGUCCGAAUACGAAGACGAUGACGCAGAAGGGGAAGAGGAAGAAAGCGAAGAAGAAUCGGAGAGUGAGAUGACAAGAGAAGAAUUGAUGGAACGGGAGGAGGAGUUCGUGUUCAAAGAAGACGUGUGGAUUGAGGAACACUUGGAAGGAUUGGAUUUGGAAGAGAUGGUUGGCGAAGAUAAACUGCCAGCUGAGCUAGAGCAUGGUUUUGGUACUGAACGUGACGAUCGGUUUGAUGAGGAGGAGGUGUUUCUGGACGAAGAGCUGUUGGCUAAGCUCGUCCAGAUACUCGCCCAAGGGCCGGAAGACUUCUUAGAUAGUGAGGUCGACGCGGGGAAGAUGCCGGGACUGAGGUACCGCGACAUUUUGGCCAAGCUGGAGGAGUUGAGGCUCGGCGGUGAGGUGCCCAAGACGUUCCUGGAGGAGGUCGUGAUGGAGUGGGCACUGAAGAACGACCCGGACAAGGUGGACCAGAAAAUGAUGGACAAAAUCCGGGAGGUGUCGGCCAUCUUGAACGAUUGGGUGUCGGCGUUUCGAGGCGGGGUCGAUGACGACGACGGUGCCGCGGAGGAUACUGAAGGUGCAGUAGAUCAAGACAAAAAAGAACGGGGAGAAGAAAAAGAGGAAGCGCCCGGCAACGUCGCCGGCGCAGAGGGCGAAGAUGCAGAAGAAACUACAACGCAAGAAGCAAACGACGACACGACCGAAGAUGUGACGGAAGAAACGAACCUCGGAACCAUCGAAGAAGCGGCAAAAGGACCGGACCAGGAACCGAUCGAGCAGGAAGAUCUCGGGACCACGGAAGAGACGGAAGACGUGAAGCUGGUGGAAGGCGCGACCGACGAAGAAGUCGUUAAGAGCGUAGAAGAAGAGGAAGAACGAGAUGACGACUACCGAAUUUCAGAAGAAGACGAUUUGUACGAGGCGGUUGCUACCGAAGAGGAGUUCGACGUUCAAACGGAAGAAGAAACGCCGAAAGUCGAUGACUUGGCGGUACUGGAUAAGGAACCGUCGCGGGUAACGCAGACGUUCGACUUCGUGGAAGAUGUGCCGACCGUGGGCGACGACGUCCACCGCUUGCCGCCGUCGGUUCACGAAGAGACCGAGGAGGAACGGGAAUCACCCCCCACGCAAAAACCAGAGAUGGUGGCGCCCUCUAAAGUAGAGCCGGUAACGUCGCAAGACCGGAGGGGCGUGAUCAGAGGUCAUAGACCGGCGAAGGUGUACGAGCACUCCGCCGAUGCGGUCUGCUGUCUGUCUCUGAAGACUUGGGCGGUUUGGUUGCUGGAAAUCACCCACAACGCCCAUAACUGGACCAGAUGGAUGGGAAGCGUGAUCGCCCACAUCAAGGAGUUCGCGUUGACGUUGCGACGCGGAGGCGCCCUGAAGAAGUCCGAAUGGCGGAGGUUCGCUAACGAAACGGAAGAGAACGUCGUCGCCUGGCGACAGUACAGCGCCCACGUCAAAGAGCUGUCCCAGAGUAUCGUCGACAACUUCCGCGGCCGCAGGGUAAGGUGCUGCCCCAAGUGCGUCGAUGAUCACCUGAUCUCUAACGUGGCGACGGCGCACGAAACGUUGCGAGCUCUGACCGAGGCGAUUAGCUGCGCGGAAUAUUGGCAACGGAGUCUGGACACUCUUGUGGAGAAAACUUCGCGUCUUGCCGGUACCGAAGCCCGCUACGAUCCGGCUCGAAGGACCGUAUCGUUGGAGGUCGUCCCGUCUCCCGAGCCAUCCGGCUCGGCCAGUUUGGAGGCGCUUGCGGAGGAAGGAGAGUCGACAGGGGAGUCGGUUUACGAGAUCGAGGCGAUUUGAAUAAAUUAAAAUGAAAAAUAAACACAAAAUGGCGUUUUUAUUGAGUCCUCGCUUUGGAACCAUAGACGGUGAAUCGCCAGUCGUCGUUCAGGUGGUAAUUUACAGUCAGACUGAAAUCUUUACUUACGUAAGCACCGUCCGGUUCGUCGUCGGUGACGUAGAAGAUGGUGGCGUCGUGUUUUUUCAUAAGACUAGCGACGAGGCGGCUUG